UAGUAACCACUCGUCCACAGAUAUCUUUUUUCUCUCUGUUCUGAUGUUAUCUUCCUCUUCUAAAGACUCAUCUUCCAGUCGAAGAUAACGAAUGAAGAGAUAUCACAGUUGAAGAAAUCAUCUCGAGUAAGCAUUUCUCAUCACUCUCAAGUUUUCCUCUUCCUCUGUAAUUGGUUUAGUAAAAAUGCUGCUGCAAUGAGCAGAAACCGUGUCUUCCCAACUAGAUUUUUUAUUCUCUGAUUUCAAGAAUAGAGAAUAAAAUUCAAAAUUCUCUCAAAAUCUGACAGGUUUAAGAGUAUGAAAUGGGUAAAACAUGAAUGUGAACUGCGUGUUCUUUGGAAAUGACAACAGGGAUGGAAAUAGAGAGAACAGAGAGCCAAUAGAAUGCAAAUUGGGUCGGUUAAAGCAGCGAUUAGCUUGGUUGGAGAGAGAAUCAAUGAAGAAAAACCUCAGCCAAAGAAAACCCAGAUGAAAUUUUCUGAUUUACAGAAACCUCCUUCGAGAGCAAAAGAACUCCAUGUGGCGAUGAGGGACAUUGGUCACCUCAGUGAGAACAAAAAGGUUGCCGAAUCUGUUAAAGCCCAAGCUGAAUCUGAGCUGUAUACCGCAAGGAUGAGAGUAAAGGAUCUCACUUCGCGAAUUGAGGAAUCAAACCUGAAAGCAAAAGCACAGAAAUACGAGCUUGAAAAGCUGCAGAAGAAUUGGGGUGGGAGAGCAGAUAAUCUCCAAUAUGCACAAGUGAUGAAGGAGUUGGAGUUUGUAAAACAAGAAUUAAGUAAGCUUAAGCUUGAGAGGGAUUCCUUCCUAGAAGAAAAACUGCGGGCAGAGAAAGAAUUUGAAGCCUCGGUUUCUAAAUUUAAGUUUCAUUCAAGCACUGUGGAAAUACUGAGGAAAGAGAUUGAGGAAGCAAAUGAAGAGCAAGUGCUUGUUCAUUUGGCUAGGAUAGAAGCAGUCAAGGAGCUUGAAGCAAUUGAAGCCCAAAGAGGAGCCGAGGCCUCUCAGUUCUCAGUGAAAUUGGGAAGAACCAGAAAUAGAAUCAAGGACAUGACCCAGGAACUAGACGAUGCAAAGGAACUGGAGAGAAAACUAGCCACUACAACUUCAGAUGUUAAUGUCACAGAAAAUGAAUUGCAACUAGCUAAGGGAAUGGAUCAAAGGGAUGAGAAGACUGAACUAUCAGUUGAUAACAGAAUCCAUCAGGCAAGUGAAGAGGAAUCACAAACUUCAAGGUUAUCGCAGUCAAUUACUGAAGAAUUGGAUGCAGCAAAGAAAGAAUUAGCCCUAAUCAGAAAAGAGGGAUUUCAAUUAAUGGCAUCCAUGGAUAUCAUACGAGAUGAACUCAAGCAAGUGUCCGAAGAAAGUGCUCAGCUGAGGACUUCAGAAAAGAAAACAGACUUGCUUGUUCGGAACCUAAAUUCUAAGCUCCUUAGGGCCAAAUCCAAGUUGGAAAAUGCAUAUAGAGCUGAAGAUCAGGCAAAAACAAUUGUGUCCAAUCUUUCAGAAACACUACAAAAGUUACAAACAGAAACAAAGGCUGCAAAUAAAGAGAGGGAACUUUUCAGUGAAGAAGCUGCAAGCAUCAGAACAGAAAUUCAAAAGACUCAGAAUGAUAAUGAAUUAGCAGAGGUCAUGUUACUAGCUGCUAUGAAGGAACUUGAAGUGGUCAAAGCAUCGGAAGCUAUAGCUCAUGAGAGCUUAAAAAGUCUUACUGAGAGAAUCAUGAAGUCAAGAGCUUCAGCGUCUCGACAUAAGUCUUCAAUAACCAUCACAAAGUUUGAAUACGAGUACUUGACUAGCUGUGCUGAAGGGGCUAAAGAAAUUGCACGUAAGAAGGUUGCUGCAGCUCAGGCAUGGAUUGAAGCAUUAAGAGCCUCUGAGAAAGAGAUAUUGGUGAACACUGAAGCAGCUAAGCGAGAGAUCAGAGAGCUAAGGCUGCUAGAAGAGCAAGAGGUUCACAGAACAGAGAAGUCAAUGAAAAUGGAGAGAGAAAUUGAGGAGGAGCUAUAUGAUUUGAAACAACAUCAUGAGAAGAACCCAGAAGCUACAAACAUGAAGCUUGAGAAAUCAUUGUCAAGAAAGUCCAUUAAAAACAGUGGCAGCUCGACACCGACAAUUCGGGCACGGUCAAGGAGGCCUAGCUCUCCUGGAACCCCCCUUUUAAACCGCUCCACUUCCAUUAGUAUUAGGAAAAGGAGGCUGGUAAUGCCUAACUUGGUCAAAAUUUUUGCCAGGAAGAAAACAAAAAAUCACCUCUAAUCUUUUUGUAGAUCUUUUAUUGCAUGAUUUGAGAUGAAAUAUAGAUCAAUACCUGUGAGUUAACUUUUUCCUUUUCAAGUUGAACUCUGUUCCUCAUUUUUAUUUUCUUUCAAUCAAUGGACAAUGCACAUCUCAGAAAAGAAAGUAGCACGAGUGCUUGUUAUACAAC